GUUGACCUGUGACCCGGACCAUGUUCAGUAGACUCCAACACCUGACCUCUGCCCUUGAUGCAGCAGACUGAACAACGGGUUGACCUGUGACCUGGACCAUGUUCAGGACCAUGUUCAGUAGACUCCAAUGGGACGAACACAUUUAAACGGGGAGGUUCUACCAGAAUUGAGCAAAUCGAAACGCUGAAAAAUGUAUUUUUGUUGAUUCUUUGUAUUUUGUCUCAUUGGUUGUUUUUCCUCCUUGUUUAGGAGCUGCUACAGUGUUUCCCAGACCCCAAGUCCUCCCAUUUACCAAUGUUUCCCAAGUCCUCCCCUUUACCAGUGUUUCCCAGACCCCAAGUCCUCCCAUUUACCAAUGUUUCCCAAGUCCUCCCCUUUACCAGUGUUUCCCAGACCCCAAGUCCUCCCAUUUACCAAUGUUUCCCAAGUCCUCCCCUUUACCAGUGUUUCCCAGACCCCAAGUCCUCCCCUUUACCAAUGUUUCCCAAGUCCUCCCCUUUACCAGUGUUUCCCAGACCCCAAGUCCUCCCAUUUACCAAUGUUUCACAAGUCCUCCCCUUUACCAGUGUUUCCCAAGUCCUCCCCUUUACCAGUGUUUCCCAGACCCCAAGUCCUCCCAUUUACCAAUGUUUCCCAAGUCCUCCCCUUUACCAGUGUUUCCCAGACCCCAAGUCCUCCCAUUUACCAAUGUUUCCCAAGUCCUCUCCUUUACCAGUGUUUCCCAGACCCCAAGUCCCCCUUUACCAGUGUUUCCCAGACUCCAAGUCCUCCCCUUUACCAGUGUUUCCCAGACCCCAAGUCCUCCCCUUUACCAGUGUUUCCCAGACCCCAAGUCCUCCCCUUUACCAGUGUUUCCCAGACCCCAAGUCCCCCUUUACCAGUGUUUCCCAGACGCCAAGUCCCCCCUUUACCAGUGUUUCCCAGACCCCUGUCCUGUCCCCCCAUUAUCAAUGUUUCCCAUGUCCUGUCCCCCUUUACCAAUGUUUCCCAGACCCCUGUCCCCCCUUUACCAGUGUUUCCCAGAUCCCAAGUCCUGCCCUUUACCAGUGUUUCCCAGACCCCUGUCCUAUCCCCCCUUUACCAGUGUUUCCCAGACCCCAAGUCCCCCUUUACCAGUGUUUCCCAUGUCCUGUCCCCCCUUUUACCAGUGUUUCCCAUGUCCUGUCCCCACCUUUACAGAUGUUUCCCAUGUCCUGGCCCCCCUUUACCAGUGUUUCCCAUGUCCUGUCCCCCUUUACCAGUGUUUCCCAUGUCCUGUCUCCCCUUUACCAGUGUUUCCCAUGUCCUGUCCUCCCCUUUACCAGUGUUUCCCAUGUCCUGUCCCCCCUUUACCAGUGUUUCCCAUGUUCUGUCCCCCCUUUACCAGUGUUUCCCAUGUCCUGUCCCCCCUUUACCAGUGUUUCCCAUGUCCUGUCCCCCCUUUACCAGUGUUUCCCAUGUCCUGUCCCCCCUUUACCAGUGUUUCCCAUGUCCUGUCCCCCCUUUACCAGUGUUUCCCAGACCCCAAGUCCCCCCUUUACCAAUGUUUCCCAUGUCCUGUCCCCCCUUUACCAAUGUUUCCCAUGUCCUGUCCCCCCUUUACCAGUGUUUCCCAGACCCCUGUCCUGUCCCCCCUUUACAGAUGUUUCCCAUGUUCUGUCCCCCCUUUACCAGUGUUUCCCAGACCCCUGUCCUGUACCCCCUUUACCAAUGUUUCCCAGACCCCUGACCUGUCCCCCCUUUACCAAUGUUUCCCAGACCCCUGUCCUGUCCCCCCUUUAUCAAUGUUUCCCAUGUCCUGUCCCCCCUUUACCAAUGCUUCCCAGACCCCUGACCUGUCCCCCCUUUACCAAUGCUUCCCAGACCCCUGACCUGUCCCCCCUUUAUCAAUGCUUCCCAUACUUGGAGCUUUCAGCCAACUGGCACCCUAAUCCCUAUAUAGUGCACUACUUUUGACCAGAGCCAUAGGAAGUGCAUUAUUUAGGGAAUAGGCAGCCAGUUGGAACACACAGCCUUUAAUACAAACUUCAUUGGUGAAGCAAUGGGUCUGUGAACCAACAGGAAGCUUGUAGUGUCAGUCUUUAUAACAACUGAUGAAGGCUUUUUCAGUCCACCAUUUUGUUCCCCCUCAGCCCUCCUGACCUCCCUCAUGAUGAAGGCUAAUUCAGUCCACCAUUUUGUUCCCCCUCAGCCCUCCUGACCUCCCU